AGGUAUUGCAGACUCUCAGAAUCGGCUCUGCUCUCAUUAGUUUAAGUAUGAGGCUUUGCUCCCGGAAGUGCCUACGCUCUCGCCGUCGUCACCUUUCGGUGGAAGCGGAGCCAAUGAUCUUUAACUACCUGUUCGAUCGAGCCACAUACGCGCGAUGAUGAGCCUCUUGAGCGCUAAUGUUAACCACUUUUCAUCAUAUUUCCCUUUUUGAUUUUCUUUUCCUUUGGGGCUCUGAUGAUUCGUUUGUUCUUUGGGGCAGAUUUUUCAUCAUCUGUCUGAGAAAAGGCGAAUUUUAGCUCUCUCUGUCUCUGACGCAAUUCCCCAUCAGACAAAUGAUUUGCUCAAGAAAACUUAAAUGUUAUAAUUUGAUUAUAGUUUUGGAAACUUUUGUUCAAUGCAUAGUUGGUAGAAUCAUAGUUUGAGUAAUGAAUUAGAAUCUUAGAGAGAGAGGUCUAGCCGUCUAGGCUUUGAAUAUGUUAAAUCUUGAAACCAUAUUCUAUCUUUCUUCUUAGCUAUUUGCAACCACAAAUGUCUGAAUGGUUAUUAGUUUAUCACAUCAAUAUAGGAUAACACGCUAAGUAAAUUGUGGGCCUAAACCUUUUUCUCUGUUUGUGCCGUUAAAAGAAGAGAAACAAAUGAUGAAAGCGCUCAAUUUUGUGAAAAAAAGUUUGUGCCUUUGUGGUGCUCAAUUCAGCUUUCUCUUAAUUGUGUGAUGUGAGUUGUAUCUUGUUUUGAUCAAGACUGUGACUUUUGUGGUGUAAGUAUAUUCAAAACUAAACCAUUUUAGAUUUCCUGCUGUAUGGAAUUAUUGGUGCUGAUAUCUCAAUUAAUUUGAGAAUUCUUAUCAGAAACUAUUCUAAGAUAAUAAAGUGGUUUCUUUUUCAAUCUCAUAGCGUCAUUGGUGCUGAGAUCUCAAUUAGUUUGAGAAUUCUUAUCAGAAACUAUUCUAAGAUGAGAAAGUGGUUUCUUUUUUCAAUCUCAUAGCGUCAUUGGUAUUCUGAAUUGGGACCUUUCCCCAACCUUUGUGUUUUGGCAGUAUUGUUCAUGACAAUCACUUGCAACAACCUAGGUUCCAAAAAUCAGUCGGAGUUUAACUAAAUAUUGUAAAUUCAUGGAGGCUGGCUUUGUUUGGAUCAUACAGCCACUUGAUUGAUUAUUACUCUUUUUGUGUCAUCAUCAUGCUUGAGACUUGGGAGAGAGAGAGGAAGAAUCAUCACAAGUUCUGAAAAAGGACAAAAACUUUUCUGAUGCAACUCACGUUUUUCCCUUCACAAGCUCCAAAAGAGUUUACUUGGGAAACCAAAAAACUUGACGAAUGCAAAACCGAUUUUAUAAGCAUAAGACCAAAGCCACUUCUUCUUCUUCUUCUGCCUCCUUGCGUGUAUUUUUGAGUUACUCUUGUUUUGAGAGAGAGAGAGACAAAAAAUGUCUGCUUGUUUGUGUCUUGUGUUCCUGUUCUUCAUUAGUUUUGCAGAAGCAACGUAUCCUCCAGGAGGUUUCCACCAUUUUUCUUCUCUAAGACAAAACAAGAAGGCCUCUAAGUCAAAAUCAGAGUUACCUUUUGAGACUCUCUACUUCCCUCAAAAUCUUGACCACUUCAGCUUCAGACCAGAGAGCUACAAAGUCUUCCACCAAAAGUACCUUAUCAACAGCCGGUUCUGGCGUAAAGGUGGCCCCAUCUUCGUCUACACCGGAAAUGAAGGAGACAUCGACUGGUUUGCUUCCAACACCGGUUUCAUGUCUGAUAUUGCUCCCAAGUUCGGGGCUCUUCUUGUCUUCAUUGAACACCGGUUCUAUGGAGAAUCAACGCCAUUUGGGAAGAAGUCGCAUAAGUCGGCUGAGACAUUGGGUUACCUGAACUCACAGCAAGCGUUGGCUGAUUAUGCAAUCUUGAUAAGAAGCUUGAAGCAAAAUCUUUCGUCCGAGGCAUCUCCUGUGGUUGUAUUUGGUGGCUCUUAUGGUGGAAUGCUUGCAGCGUGGUUCAGGCUCAAGUAUCCUCACAUAGCAAUAGGUGCAUUGGCAUCCUCCGCUCCAAUUCUGCAUUUCGAUAACAUUGUGCCAUUGACGAGCUUCUAUGAUGCCAUUUCUCAGGAUUUCAAGGACGCAAGUGUUAACUGUUUCGAAGUCAUCAAGAGAAGCUGGCAAGAGCUGGAGGCAGUUUCCAACAUGAAACAUGGCUUGCCAGAACUCAGCAAAAAGUUCAGAACUUGCAAAGGACUUCAUUCUCAGUAUGCAGCCAGAGAUUGGUUAAUGUCAGCGUUUAUUUAUACAGCCAUGGUUAAUUACGCGACCGCAGCUAAUUUCAUGGCGCCACUGCCUGGUUAUCCCGUGGAGCAGAUGUGUAAGAUCAUCGACGGGUUCCCUCGAGGAUCUAGCAAUCUCGAUCGUGCCUUUGCUGCUGCAAGCUUAUACUACAACUAUUCGGGUUCAGAAAAAUGCUUUGAACUUGAACAACCAACUGAUGAUCAUGGACUCGACGGUUGGGGAUGGCAGGCAUGCACGGAGAUGGUAAUGCCAAUGAGCUGCUCGAACCAGAGCAUGUUUCCACCGUAUGAUAAUGACUAUGAGGCAUUCAAAGAACAAUGCAUGAGUAGAUAUGGAGUGAAGCCGCGACCCCAUUGGAUCACCACUGAGUUUGGUGGGAAGAGAAUAGAGACAGUGUUGAAGAGAUUUGGAAGCAACAUCAUAUUCUCCAAUGGUAUGCAGGAUCCUUGGAGCCGUGGAGGGGUUCUGAAGAACAUUUCUAGCAGCAUUAUCGCGCUCGUGACCAAAAAAGGAGCACACCAUGCGGAUCUCAGAGCUGCUUCAAAAGGCGACCCGGAGUGGCUGAAAGAGCAGAGGAGGCAAGAAGUUGCCAUUAUAGAGAAAUGGAUCAGUGAGUAUCACAGAGCUUUGAGAGAAGAAGAGUAAAGAAAGAAAGACCAAUAGAAACCAAAAGUUUAUUGCCCAACAUCAACAAAUAAAAACUUGUGCUGUGUUUUAUGCUGUUUAGUUCCCUUUGCAACACAUUUCCAUGGUGGAAAGUAAAAAAAAACUCCACUCCGAAUUUGAUGUUUCAUUGUGGGU